AUGAAGCACCAAGGGGUCCAAACUAAUGAACCUACAGACAGCCGCCUCCGGCGGAGAAAACAUGUGAUCUACACCUCUAGUGCAGUUACAGAAAGAAGAGUUCAGACUGAGCCAAAAUCUUUUAUCUGUAAAGAGUGCGGAAAGAGCUUUACUCAAAAUGCUAGCCUUAUUGUGCACAAGAGGACUCAUACCGGUGAAAGGCCUCAUACCUGCAAAAUUUGUCUCAAGAGUUUCAUCAGUGGGUCUUACCUGGUUAUGCAUCAUAGAGUUCAUACAGGGGAGAGGCCCUAUGUCUGUAAUGACUGCGGCAAACGGUUUAUAAGCAGUUCAAACCUUAUUAUCCACCAGCGUGUCCACACAGGAGAAAAGCCGUACCUCUGCACAGAGUGCGGCAAGUGUUUUGGUCACAGCUCUCAUCUGGUGAGGCACCAGAAGGUUCAUACUGGUGAACGUCCUUUUACUUGUGCCGAAUGUGGCAAGGCUUUCUCCAGAAGCUCACACUUGGUCAGACAUCAAACCAUUCACAUGAGAAGUCUGGCUAAUUCAACUGUGUGA